UUGGCUAGAUUUCUGUUCUUUCAGUGAGAGUUCCGUACGGAGAGCUUUCGGGGAGAAAGAUGUGCUCUUUUUAAAGGCUAAUACUUCUGAUUCUCCUGGGAAUGCACCUGAGAUGAGACCAAUUUUCAACUGAAAGUGUUUAGAAUUAGGACUAGAACUUCUAUUAGACCUGGCACUUUGAGCAAUAGGAGCUCAACAGAAGCGGAAACAGAGCUAUCCACAAACCAAGGUGGAAGGAUGAAAACUGUGUCAGAGACGAUCAUGCCUUUUUGGUCUUGGCUGGCUUGGGAUUUCUCUCAUAUUUUCCACUUAUCAAUUAUUUUGGGCCUUACCUAUGUAGCCUUGAAAGCCAUCCAGCUAUAUUGGAGGGAACAGCACCUGGUCAAAGUCCUCAAAUGUUUUCCAGGACCUCCCACUCACUGGCUAUAUGGCCAUAUCAAAAUGAUGAUACCCACGGAAGAAUUCCGGAACACAAAAGCAUGGACAGAAAAAUAUCCGCACUGUCAUCCACUUUGGUAUGGAAGAUUCUUAGCUUUUCUGGGCAUCAACCACCCUGAAUAUGCAAAGGCAGCAUGCAGCAGAGGUGAUCCUAAGCCUCUUGUAACAUACAGGUUCCUAAUUCCAUGGAUUGGAAAGGGGUUACUUACCCUGAAUGGGCCAAAGUGGCAGCAGCACCGGAAACUCCUGACUCCCGGAUUCCAUUAUGAUGUCCUGAAGCCUUAUGUGGCUCUGAUGGCAGAAUCAGUCAAGGACAUGUUGGAUAUAUGGGAAAAGUUGAUCCUCAAAGACACCACAACUUCAGUGGAGAUGUUUGAACAUGUCAGUCUGAUGACUCUUGAUACCAUCAUGAAAUGUGCCUUCAGCUACAAGAGCAAUUGUCAGACAGACAGAGAUAAUUCCUACAUUCAAGCUGUCUUUGAUCUCAGUUUCCUGUUUUAUCAGAGAAUAAAAACACCUUUGCAUCACAGUGAUUUCAUUUACUGGUUGAGCUCCCAAGGGCGUCAAUUUCACAAAGCUUGCAGGCUAGCCCACCUUCACACAGAUAAUAUAAUAAAAAAGAGAAAGGAGUCUCUCAAGAAUGAGCAAGAGCUUGAAAAGAUCCUGAAGAAGAGGCGCUUGGACUUUCUGGAUAUUCUUCUUUGUGCAAAGGAUGAAAAUGGAAAUCCAUUAUCAGAUGAAGACAUACGUGCAGAGGUGGACACAUUCAUGUUUGAAGGUCACGAUACCACAGCUAGUGGAAUCUCUUGGCUGUUACACUGUAUGGCCCAGAACCCUGAACAUCAGCAGAGAUGCAGAGAGGAGAUAAAGGAGCUUCUUGGGCAACAGGAGGAUAUUCAAUGGGAUGACUUGGGAAAGAUGACAUACAACACCAUGUGCAUUAAAGAGAGCCUUCGGCUUUACCCUCCAGUACCCGUUGUAGGACGAGAACUGAAUUCACCUGUGACAUUUGCUGAUGGACGAACCUUACCAAAAGGGUUUCUAGUUGCAUUGAAUAUUUAUGGUCUUCACAGAAAUCCUGAGGUUUGGGACAAUCCUGAGGACUUUGAUCCUCUAAGAUUCUCCUUGGAAAGUUCAAAUCAUCGCCAUCCAUAUGCUUUCCUUCCUUUUGCUGCAGGGCCAAGGAACUGUAUUGGGCAACAGUUUGCUAUGAAUGAGAUGAAAGUUGCUCUUGCCUUGACACUCCUACGGUUUGAGCUUUUUCCUGAUCCUUCCAAGAUCCCCAUUCCCUUUCCACAGGUUGUCACACGGUCCAUGAAUGGGAUAUACCUGAAGCUGAAGUCUCUCCACUGAUACUUCUUUCUGUACUCUCAAUUCCUGCCAAGAAAUAUUGGUAGACACCAUGAAUUACAUAUGAUACACUAUACUUUUACUUUUUAUGAAUGUCAUCCAGGCAUACAGAAACUGGUUAAACAUACAGCACCACUUCCAAAUAUAGAACUUUUCAGUAUUUUUAGUCUGCUAUUUACUAUUGCAAUAAAAUGUUCAGUAAUUGCUUUAAAAUUCUCAAUGCAACACUUUGGAUUGUAGCUAACUGAGUUAUACUCAAGUAGACCCAUAGAAAUAAAUAAGCAUGACUAAUAUAAGUCCAUUGAUUUCACAGUCCAUUGACUCUGAAGAUGACUUAUUCGGCUACAGCUGUUUGUCUAUUACACCUGUUUAAGGUUCUAAUUAAAAAUAUAUGUAUGGAACAUUGGCCAGCACCUUCGUUUUUCAGUAAAUAUUCAACAUUAUUUUGGGUGACGGACUUUGUGGCUUAGAACAGGAUGACGUCUUACAAAUGUGCCAGCACACUUUCACUCUGAAAGCUAGGGUAGUCCAGUGGUUUGACUUGACCUGGGAGAGUGGCCACAGUCACAAUUAGUCACAAAAAUACACUGUGUGGCCUUGGGCAAAUCACUUUCCCUCACCCUUAGAAAGAAUUAGCUUCCAGGAUUUUUGGGAGGAUCAACAAUGAAUGAAAAUAAAUAAUGACACCCUUUAAUUUUCUUUUACCUGUGACCUCCCAAAGUAGUGAUGAACUAGGAUUCCUCCCAGAUUACCAGUAGCUUUCUCCUUUGCAGUCUUGUCAGACUAAUUGAGUAAAUAGUUAUUAAAGGACAGUAGUGAAGUCAUCAUCUAACCAACACCCUGUUACUGAUUCAGGAUGAGUAUUUGUCCCUGGCAAAUGCAGUGCUAGGAUGAUGGGCAUUUAAUUGUGAGAAAUUCUUUGCUACCUUGCUGUGAUUCUAGGGCAAAUGAUCUACUGUGCCUACUGAAUAGUUCUGUUUCACUGGCGGUGCUAUCUUUCUCUUGGGUUAUUUGCAAUAUAACCCCUGAAAUUACAGCACAAUAUAGCUGGAUUUUUAUUUUUAUAUAUCUUAUGUAACAGACCUAGGAAUACUUUGUUGUUUAAAAGAACAAAAGUAUACUUCAUUUGGCUUGGUAACAUCCAGGCCAUAACUAUAGUGUUGCAGCUGCACUUUUCCCUACCACUAACUGCCCUGUAGGAAGGAUCCUGAUUUCCAGUUAAUAUGUUUAUUGUAUUUUUCAAAUAUGUAAUUUAAUUGUCUUGGAAGGAUUUAUAUUCUGAAAGGUGGGAUACAAAUAAUGUAAGAAAUAAAUAAGUAAAAUCUAGGAGUUGCACAGAAGAAAUUGACUGCUUGUACAAUUUAUAGAAAUAUGUUAACCAAUUAAAGAAAUGUUGAUUAAUCUAAAUCUGCACAUACCAGCAUAUGAAUAAAACAUUUUCAUAGAAAACAACAUACUUCCUUUGAAUUAAAGGUAAAUCAUGUAUGUAUCGUGUCUUGUCUUGUCCUGACCUGAGAGCCCAUGGCUCAUACUGUCCUGAGGGUGGUUUAGACUAGUAGCAGGUAAGAGCAGGAUGAAGUAGAAGGACUUUGAAUAGCUCCAAGCAGACACCUUCUGCCAACAUAAUCUAGAACAAUGAACUUUUCAACCUUGGGGCCCCAGAUAUUGUUCAGCUACAACUCCCAUCACCCCUGCUUAGCUGGCAGUAUUAUUAUCAUUAUUAAUUAAAUUUAUACCCCACCUUAUGGCCAAAAGGCCCUCAAGGCGGCUUACAAAAACAUGAAUAUAGCAAUAUAUACAUCAAUAAAAUAAUGCAAUUCUCAAAAUUAAAUAACAAAUAACAUUAUUAAAAGAAAAGAAAAAAUAUUUAAAUGUGUCACGAUGAGAGAACCGCAUUCAGCCAGGUUUUUUAUACUAGAUAUGCUCUGCUCCGGAGGUAGGACAGUCUCAAUUUGAAAGGACACAAAUUGGCUCUUCUUCAGCUUUUUCAGGACCUGAUCUUCGUGACUCCUAAAAAUGCUGUCCUCCAUUUUGUAACUUAGAGACAAGAGACCUUUCAGUACAAAGGCUUCAGUUUCCUCUGGCUUGAUAGGCCCCCUCCCACUGCUAUAUGAUUCAGUCACUGCCCAUUCCAUGCAAAUGAGGAGGGAAACACAACCCAAGCAUGGGCCAGGUGACAUCUAUUGUCCAAAGUGACAAGAAGGGAUGUCCACAUGCCUUACCAACGCCAAAGGGAGUACUUGAUAUUGCUCAGUAGAAACGCUGCCCCAAACAAGAAGUAAAUGUAAAAUUCAGGGAGUAUUUUCUCCCUUAUGAACUUGUGUAAAUUUAAAAUCUGCUUCAGAGGCUGUAUACCCUGUACCAAUCUGUUAUUUCCAGCAAGCAAGUAGAGGCCUAUAGCAAGAUAUUGUAGCCUUAUGUUAAGCAUAGAUUCAAUAUGUAUUUGCUAGUGAACCUAAAGGCUUGUAUCCCCCUUUCAGGCCCCUGCAUUCCAUAAUCAUCUGAAAACCUAAGCUAGGAAAGGGCAUGAUGACCUGCCCAGUAUAAUGCUGGGAAUGCACCUUGUUAGUAGAGAGGCAUCAAAGGAGCCCAAUUAGGCAUAUAUUCAAUAAUAUGUUAUGAACAAGGUGUUUUAUAGUUAGCUUAAGCCUAGGUUGUAUUAUCAAAGUAGGUCAAUAAAUCAAGGGACGGCUAAUGAGCAGUUGCUUGAUAGAUGGACGAGUCAAAGGACGGUCAGAAGAAGGAUAGUUUGGAUAGUAUGCCAACUGCUUGUUAGCAGAGAUGGGAGUGAAGAUACAGUCAACAUAUAGUUUGUCAAGGAUGGGUGCCAGGGUAUUUCCAUAUAGUGUUCUAGCAAUCAGUUGGCUUUUGAAGAUGCUCUAUGAGAAGGUCAAAAACCCAAUUAUCAGUGUUAUGCUGUAACGUUUAAUGCAUGAAAAAUAUUAUUUGUGUAUGUAACCCUGCCAAUAAUUGUAUGUAAUCAUGCCAAUGCCACAUGCUAGCUUCAAUACUAUAAAAGUGUUGCGUGUGCCCAAUGGGGUGUUCAGUCUGAGCCAGCUACUGCAGAGCUGCGGACUGUUCCACUUUUAUUGGGCUACUUGGCUGUAUGCUUGUAAGUUACUCAAUAAAUUUUAACUCUUUGUAAGCAAA